CAGGCUGUAUUCCUGGGCGGUUCCUCAUUCUACUCCCCCCGGCAACACAGUAUCUGCAGUUCCCUUUAUCACUAUUCCACGAACGGUCGGAGCAAAGCAGAAACCGGGCAGGCAACAGUGAGGGGAGCCCGGUCUCCGAGCAAGAAACGACGGAAUAUUCGCCGGUUUUCGGCGCAGGAGAGGGGUUACGCGGGGACAGCAGAAAGGGUUUACGACGGGAGUGUAGAAACGGCUGAGGGGUUACAGAGGGGUGAGUUGGAGCAGGAGAGAUAUUAGAGGAGGAGCGGAACUCCAGAGGGAGUGAAAGUCUGAAGAAACUCUCUCGAGUCUCGGGAAGACACGAAUCUAACCAGGAGAAGGGAUUGGCUGGUGCGAUCUAUCCAGCAAAUUGCAGUCUUCCUUCCCCAUGACCUUUGGAGGGGGGUGAGAGGGUGUCCAGCGCAGAGACAGAGCGUCUAUUCUGCAUUUAACUAUUCCUUAAAGGUUGGGCGCACAACCCUCCGCAAACUGCCAUGCCCAAGCUGAGCCGGUAUUGUCCCCGCCGGUUGAGCCUCAAGUCAGCGCUGUCCACGCUUGGCGUGAUCUUGUGCCUCUCGUUCCUGGCCCUGACUGAAACGGGCUGGCUGCCCCUCGGGCUGGUGAAGCCAGGCGCUGGUGCAAUGCAGGGGCACCUCCUCCUGGUCGAGGAGAACUCCACCUGUUGGCAGAUCAUCCAAGGGGACAGGCAGGAGGUGGAAAAGGCCCUCCUUAAUUCCAUUACUGUCUCCCUCAAGCGCCAAGCAGUGACUGAAGGUUAUUAUCUGGACAUGACCCGAAAUUGCAAUUCCUUUGUGAGGGCCCGCAAGUAUAUCACUGUCCCCCUCAGCCCUGAGGAAGCAAACUUCCCCUUGGCUUACUCCAUGGUCAUCCACAGUAGCAUUGAGAUGUUCGAGAGGCUUCUACGAAGCGUUUACGCCCCACAGAAUGUCUACUGCAUCCACGUCGACCGUAAGUCUCCGAGUCAAUUUCAUGCGGCCGUCCGGGCCAUCGCUUCGUGUUUCCACAACGUCUUUGUCGCAGCCAAGCUAGAAUCGGUCACCUAUGCUGCCUGGUCCAGAGUUCAGGCAGAUCUCAACUGCAUGGAGGAGCUAUUGGAGAGCCCUGUCCCCUGGAGGUACUUUAUCAACACGUGUGGCCAAGACUUCCCCCUGAAGACCAACCGGGAGAUAGUUCGCAGCCUCAAAGCUAUGAACGGGUCCAAUGUGAUUGAGUCGGACCCCCCGCCACAGCACAAAAAGAAACGUUGGCAAUACCACUACGUUAUCCACAAUGAGGUGGUCUUAACAGCGCAACUGAAGGACCAGCCGAAUAUCAGCUCUCCUGUUUUCGUGGGCAGCGCCUAUAUCAUGGCCACCAGAGAGUUUGUCAGCUACGUGUUUGCCAGUGCUGAGGUCCAGGCCUUCCUCAAGUGGUCGGAGGACACGUACAGUCCGGAUGAGCAUGUGUGGGCAACCCUGCUGAGAAUGCCCAAUGUGCCUGGCUCUAUCUCAUACACCCAAGGAACCACCAGGACCCUUGGUCGGGCAGUGAAGUGGUCCUUUGAGGCAGGUAACAUGGCAAGUGGUGCCCUGUACCCUCCCUGCACAGGAAGGUAUCGCCACCUGAUUUGUGUGUACGGGGCAGGAGAUCUACAGUGGGUCGUCCACCAGAGACCUUUCUUUGCAAACAAGUUUGACCCAGACAUGGACAACACGGCAGUGCAGUGCAUGGAGGAAUAUCUCCGAAACCGGACAGUUGGUGAAACUGCAACUGGAUUGGGGGUUGAGACAGAGUAAAUUUGGGCAAUAGUGGUGGAUGAGACAAAGGAAAUACAGUGCGGACCAGUCACUAUGGGACUGGAUACUAUAACACUGGUGGCUGUAAUAGCAGGCACUGUGUGACUGGGCACUGUAAUGUUGGGCAUUGUGGAGACUGGUCACUGUGAUACUAUCCACAGUAACACUAGGUGCUAUGAGACUUAGCAAUGUAAAUGUUAAGCAUUGAGACUGGACACUGUGAGAUUGGUUAAAUGACCAUCAGUAUUUUUCUCAUUUUUGACUCAGAACUCUGAGUCGAAGUUGAGAAUUAAAGUUUGAACAGCAGCUUUUUCUUCUUUCUGAACUAACCAGGAAAGGCAAACGACUGGUGCUGUUAGGAACUGGCCUGGAAAGAUAAUGCAGGUGAAUUACUGUUCUUAAGAACAGUGUAGAUUUUUCAGCACUGAGACGUUAUUCUGCUCAGGGACUGACAGCUGGAUGGAUAUUGAAUUGGUCAUUCAGUAAGAGGAAUGCUGCUGGUCAGGCAACCACAGAGAAUGUUUUCUCUUUCUUCCUCACCAAUGAGUGACCUCACUCUGACUGACUGGGUUUUGGGCUUGGAGGAAGUGUUUCUUUGGAAGUUGCUGGACUGGGCUGGUUUCCAUUUUCUUUAAUCCUUUGGCUUUGUCCAGUUAUUUUCCCAGUUAUCAACUUGGAUUCCUGUCUCAGACUGUUUAACAAGUCAUAAGAAAUGUGUAAAAGUCUGCGGAGGUCUGCAGAAGUUGUUUGGAUUGGUUGGUGACUUUGGAAUUCAAACACAGCAUACAGUUUUUGCGCCUGUAAUACCAACCAGCAUCAAAGGAUUUCAUGAAGGCCCACUGUUUAUCAUUGAAACUGUUAGCAACUGGCAAAUUAUGAUUAUUUAAAAAUGUGUCCUUUUACUGUGUCGGUGUGUGAGUAAUGGGUUUUUGAUCAAAGAAGAUUGGGGUUAGAUCAAAUGUUUGUAACAUUACCUUAUUUGUGUAUAUUCUGCUAACGUUACAUGGUUAAUAAAUUAUUAAUUUGUGUUUGGAGUUAUAAA